AGUCCAAUAAAAACCUCAUCAGUUACCAACUAAAUCAGGGCAUGGUGUUUUUUUGUUGUUUUCUUUUUAAAGCAUAGUUUUAGUAAUAUAUUUACUAAAAACCUUAGACAUUAUGAAAAAACUCAGGAUUUGGAAUCUUACACUUCUUGGCUAAAUUGACACAAUAUAGACCAACAGUUUCAUCCUGGGGCUUAUGGGUCUCAUAGGAGCACCCGUAUGCUGAAGAAAGGCAAAGAGAGAACUACAGAAUUUGUAGAAAAGUUUUGUUGUAGUUGCUGCUGAACAAUUAGUUUUUGUUUGUUGGUUUUGUUUUGUUUUGUUUUUCUGGUAACCUAGCAGUCAAAGCUCACAUUUUUGGACAAUGACUCAUUCUUCCCAGGACACUGGUUCUUGUGGCAUUCAGGAAGAUGGAAAGCUUUAUGUGGUGGAUUCCAUAAAUGACUUAAACAAACUAAACCUCUGUCGAGCCGGAUCGCAGCAUCUGUUCCCUCUAGAGGACAAAAUCCCAGUCCUUGGCACAAACUCAGGAAAUGGAAGCCGGAGUCUGUUUUUUGUGGGGCUGCUAAUUGUGCUGAUUGUCAGCCUGGCACUGGUUUUUUUCGUGAUAUUUCUAAUAGUUCAAACUGGAAACAAGAUGGAUGAUGUGUCAAGAAGACUAACAGCUGAAGGAAAAGACAUAGAUGAUCUUAAGAGAAUCAAUAACAUGAUCGUAAAGCGACUCAACCAACUCAACCAACUGGACUCUGAACAAAACUAAAGGAAUGAUUUUCUGAAAGCACCUGCUAACACCUUGAGCUUCUUACUUUCCUGGGAGUGUACAGGGUUAGGAACUGAGAAAGUGCACUUCCUCAGGCAACAGAUGAUCUGGUCAGGCAACCCACCCCUGGGGCCCACUUUCUGCAGCAAGAAGGGAGCAAUUCCAAGGCAAGUGGGUAUGGGAAUAGCAACUAAAAAGGGGUGAACUUGUCUCAGCCCCCUUUUAUGGUAGGGCACUUCAACUUUAAUGGGGUGGGCGGCUAGCAGGGAGGAGAAUCAACAAAGCAAGAGAACUUGACUAUGUACGUCCAACUUCUUACAGAAGGAGCUUUGCUACCAGAACAAGUUCACUGUGUCAAUGAAGUUCAUGACACCUCAUGCACCUUUACAGAUGUCUGGGAAAGCCUGAGAAAUUCAUUGAGUUUUAUGUAUUGAAGGGAACCAGGUGAUUACUCUUUUCAAUAAGAGGGAUUCUGCUCAGGUGAUUAGACUUUGACUCUAUUUCCCCAGGGACAGCGAUGGGUGGGCCCCAGAGCUAGUUGCUGUCUGGUGUUUGCUGGUGAAAACAUGAGCAGUAGUUAUGUGGGGCUGAGAGUCAAAAGGGAAAGCCUAAUUAAUUCAACUAAUGUUUAUUAAGCUCCUACUCUGUGCAAAUCACUCUACUCAAGAGGAGCUCACAUAAAAGUGCAGGAUAAAGAAAGGAGAUGGACAGUUAUAUGUAAUUAUAUAAACUUUGUGUAUUUUGUUUCUCAUGAAAAAACCCCUUUGGCACCCUGCUGAUUGAUUUGGAAGAAAUCUGAUAGAUUUGUGGCCUUUCCUAAAUUGCACUAGGAAAUUAUGUAGUUAGAAUAUUUGGAACCUGCAUUAGUUCCAGCAAUGAAAGUAAGACACACAGCAUUAUGACAUAAGACACAGUGUGAAAUAAAUGAGUUUAAAAAGCA